AUUCCGUUGCCGUUACGAUUCAUACCUAACGUGACAGUAGUGCAACCUCAACCUUCGGAUAUUACAUUCAAAUACCCAAAAUAAGCGAUUGUUACUGGUUGAAAUAUACCUUACAAGCCUUCUUAAGUCCCCAGUUUUGCCACCAGCUGAAGGAAGAACAUAGGGCUUCACAUCACAUUAACCCUCUUUCACGCUCCCUUCCUAGCAUUGAUCUCUGCAAUUCCGGCCAGCAAUAUUAAGCGCCGGCCACUGGCCCUUAUCAGUCUCAGCCUCUAGGAUCAUCAGGCCUAAAGAAUCCAAGAUGGCUCCGGAAUUAAGCACGUUCGAGGCGCGGAGGAGAGCAAAUGUCGUGAACAAUGCCAAGCUAUUGAAGGACUCGGCCGAGGUCGCGGCCAAAAUGCGCAAGGCCGCAGCUCCACCCCCGAGAGCGGCCGCCCCCAAGAAGAGGAAAGCUGCCGAACCGGCCCCGCGCACGCGAGUGAUGCCCACUCGUCAAAGCGCGAGGCUCGCCGGGGCCGGUUCCGACACCAAUGGAACAGGUCUCAAGCUCGAGGACAUCCCCGCCGAGCUGAAGCCGCCCGAACCGAAGCGCAUUCGCACAAGCGGCGACUUGCAGCUCUCGAACCUUCAAGUCGAAGGGCAGAGAUGGUCGAGCACAGGGGCGCUAACUUCCUUCGUCCAGGGUGCGCGGCCCGGAGUUCGGACCUUCACCGAGGAGGAUAUCAAGGAUACUUCGGAUAGCAAGUUAAAGGACCUGAGAAAGGGGAUGAGUGACCUCAAGCUGUAUGAAGGCUGGGUACCGAAUGAUAUCAAGAUUACCCCUGAACGUGUCUAUGCUCUCACCUUUCAUCCCAUACAGGAUAAGCCGGUCAUCCUAGCGGGUGACAAGAAAGGUACCUUGGGGUUCUUCGACGCGUCACAAGAGACACCUCCGCAACCAGAUGAAGACGACGAGGAUGUGGACAUUCCCCUUCCCCAAGUCGGCGCGUUCGAAGUGCACAGUAGAACCAUCUCUUCCAUAAAAGUGCCCAUGUUCGACCCGAACUCGGUGCUUACCAGCUCCUACGACUCGUCAAUACGCUGCCUAGAUCUGCAGUCCCAAGUCAGCCGCCAACUAUGGGAGCCCGAGGACGACAGCGUAGACGUAGGCAUUUCGUGCAUCGACGUAUCGCCCGAAACCAAGGACGUAAUCGUCUUCUCGACACUAGACGGAAACCUAGGGAGGCUGGACAGGCGCUCGAAGGAGAAAGCCGACAUGUGGAGCUUAUCCGACAACAAGAUCGGCGGCUUCUCCCUACACCCGCUGCUGCCCCACCUCGUGGCCACGGCGUCGCUCGACCGGACGCUCAAGAUAUGGGACCUGCGCAUGAUAAAAGGGAAAGGGGAGCUCCGCCACCCGUCGCUGCUCGGCGAGCACCAGUCGCGCCUGUCGGUCUCGCACGCGUCGUGGAGCCGCGGCGGGCACCUGGCGACGUCGUCGUACGACGACACGGUAAAAGUAUACGACAUGUCGGGCGCGGCGAAGUGGAAGCCCGGCCAGGACCUGUCGGACGAGCAGAUGCGGCCGGCGCACUCGAUCCCGCACAACAACCAGACGGGCCGCUGGGUGACGAUCCUCAAGCCGCAGUGGCAGGCCCGCCCGGCCGACGGCGUGGAGAAGUUCGCCAUCGCGAACAUGAACCGGUUCGUCGACAUCUACGACGGCGGCGCCAAGCAGCUGGCGCAGCUGGACGGCGAGGGCAUCACUGCCGUGCCUGCCGUUGCCGAGUUCCAUCCUACGUUGAAUUGGCUGGCUGGCGGAACUGGCAGUGGAAAAUUGUGUCUUUGGAUGUAAGAGUAGGUAAGAAGGAAGCCAAUGCAUUCAUAGGACUGCGGGUUAUAAAAGGUAGCUAAGUGUAGCACUUGUAUAUAUAUUUGGGGUUCACGACUGGAGUCUCGGCGUUGAGGUGACUAAGGCAAAAGGUUAAGGGAUGGCUAUCUAGUCUAAUACUAUGUUUUAACAAUAAAUAAUGAGCCUCGUUUUGUCGGU